AUGCAGAACAAACAUUUUAGCCAUGUUCACGCCCUGGUUCAUCACCAAAUCCCCCAAGAUGAGGAAACUCAAUGUUCCGGCUGCAAACUUCCGGCGUCCGGCAAAGCCUAUGCUUGUUUGGAAUGCAACUAUUUCCUUCACGACCAAUGCUUUCAGGCAAGACGAUCUUUAAGACACUCUUCCCACCCUUCUCAUCCUUUGAUGUUAUCUUCAUGUCCAACUUAUCCCACCAAUUCCUUCAAUUGCAACAUUUGCAAUCUCGUCGGAAAUGGCUUUUCUUAUUGCUGUUCUGAAUGCGAAUUCGACCUUCACGUCCACUGUGCUUUAAAACCCAAUCCAACUCCUCCUAAUUAUUCCAUGCCUCAAAAUCCCCCCUUUGUUUCUCCUUACCCCGAUUAUUCGAAUUUUAAUCCUGGAGUAAGGCCAGGUUUCAAUCCUCCACCGUCAUCAAUUCCGGCCCAACAAGCUCAAAACUUUAAUCCUAAUAAUGCCAACUUUCCUUCGAUUUAUGAUAUUCAGGAAGCUAACCGAGCAGCUGAGGCAGUUGAUGCCGCUUAUGCCCGAGCUCGUCUACAAGCUAGAGGCAGACUGAAUGCGCUCAAUUUGAUAUAG